CUGGACGUAGAAGGAGGAGCAGGACAGGGAAUAGGGGCCAGAGGAGCAGGAGGUCGACCAGGAGCAGCAGGAGCAGGAUCGGGAAUUCAAACAAUUUGGUUCGAAAUUCCGAUACAGAAGCACGACACUCAGUCGGUAGCUCACAAAUCACUCCCUUUACUUCACGUCAGUUACCAUUAACUUACAGCAUCUUAUUGUUCAUUAUUUACACGCAGCGACACGUCAACUUCAUGCCUGACGCGAGCAUUGUCGACGUCGGCACCGUCGACCAACGCAAGGACGCUCUGGUUUCCAUCGCCCACAGUCUCCUGGGAAGGGACGCUCUCGGUUUUGAUCGCGAUGAGCUUCAUUCCGUGGUGAUGCUUGCUGCUGCAAGGGAGAAGCUUGUGCGCGACGGAAUGUGGCUGGACACGCACAGUGAGAAUGGCCGAAAAGGGUGCGCGAGGUUCUUGAAGAAGGUGGAGAAGGCUGCUUCUGCCCUGAGUGUUGACCCGGCGCCCAGGGAGUACCGCAGCAAGUUCACCGCAGACUUCCGGUCGAUGUUCCCGGGCUAUGAGCGGAACUACCGCGUGGAUUUCCUGGUGGCGGCACUGUCCCUCCGGCACGCUGUGUGGCUCAAUGGGGAGGCCUACCAUUUCGACGAGGCAGUCGUGGCUCACGCGGAAGCGCUCCGGGAGGCGGUGCUCGACCUGGUCCAGCUCCUCGACCAGUGGGCGUCGCCGGACCGCCCGCCUGGGCGGGCCCGCACGGAGCUCUGCGCGCGCCUGCGGCGCCUCGACGCCGCGUGGGCCGGCUUCGAGGAGGCCUACGUGGAGGGGCUGUCGGCGGCGCAGCAGCGCGCCAGGGGCGCGCUCGACCGGGCCGUCCAGCAGGACCGCCGCCUGAGGUCUGCCGAGAGCGUGUUCAGCGCCGACACGUCGGCCGAGGCCAUGGACGAGCUCCGCCAGGAGGAGGAGGCGCUCCUGGAGCACCUGGGGUACUUGAGCGCUGCCGCCGGGAACCCCAGGCCCUCCACUCAGGUCCUCGAGUGCUCGAUGCAGAUCCUGGACGAGGCCGUGCAGGUGCUCGCAAUCUCCCGGCACGAGCAGGGCACGCCCGUUCCCACCGUGGUGCUGGCCGCCCGGGCGGUGGAGUCCUACAAUGGCCUGCGCGACUACUUGGUCGGCGUGCGCGAGCACCUGGCCGAUGUCCACCCGCAGCUUGGCAAGAACGCGGGCCUCGCCGAGAGGCUGGCUCGCUGGGAGGACAGCUGGGAGCGCUUCGCCCACUACAUGGAGAGCUCUGACCUGAUGGAGGGAGUCCGCCUGCUCGCCAGCUUCCUGGCGGGAGCGCUCGAGGCCGUGCCCUCCCUGCAGCCGAUGCUCGAGGACCGCGACGCGGAGCUGUUCCUGGUGCUGCCGCGGCUGGUGUGCCUGUGCCUCCUGUCGGACCCCGACGCCGUCGCCCGGCUGCUCCGGCCGCUGCUGCCCGUCCGCCUCGCCGAGGGCCCCGAAGAAGGCGGCGGCCAGGUGCUCGCCGCGGCCUCCGCCCAGCUCGAGCGCGUGCUCGAGCUGCUCGGCGGCCCCGAGCGCGGCGCCUGGGAGGCGCUCGCGAGCCGGGCCGUGGCCGGCGGCGGCGCCGCACAGGUGGGCCCCAGCCAGCAGGAGGCAGCUGCGGCUGCCGUGGAGGCUCUGAUGCGCGAGAUAGAGGGCUGGAUCUCGGCAUGGAGCUGCAGCGCCACCACCCGGCGGCCUGGAACGACCUCUCGGACCUGCUCGUCCAGUGCAUGGUCUGGAGGCCGGGCGAUGCGGCAUCCGGCGAUGCCGAGGGAGCGAUCCCCGCCAGGUUCGUGCUCUGAGCAUCGGGAGGCCUGGGCCCCCCUGCACCAGCAUUCACCGGUGAGGUGGCGGUGGAGUUGUGCAAGUCCUCCGCAGGGGCACUGAGUCCCUAAGGAAUCGGCGCUUCGCGCGCCGGGCCAAAGAGUUGCUCUUCUUACUUCAGGAGGGAAAACACACAGACACAAUCACUCUCUGCACGUUCCAUGACUCUGAGCUGGGCUGGCGCCUCCGCGCAUGCAUGGAGCCUCGGCGCUCGGGGACUAGACCGCUACGACGCGGAGUGGCGGCGUUGCGCCAGCCUGCACCGCUCCUCCUGAGGGAAACACGGCUCCUGAGGUGUUUCGUAUUUUUCAGACUCUUGGCGCCGCUCCUAGGCCAUGUGGCCGUCGGAAAACGACUCAGGAUGAAAAAGCUUGUGCCUGGGGGAGCCGACAGGAUUCUCUGAAGCCUUUUUCGACGGUCUGCCCGGGACAGGCCCCGGGAAGGGCCCUGGGAGCCAGAGCACGGUGGAUCGAUUCGGGAUCCGUGUUCUUUUGGACCCCUAUCUUUCAUGCAAAGGUUGUUUAAGCGUAGGGGUCAUCCUGCUUUUGUGGGCAGUCGGUGUGCACUGGGGCUGCUGCUGACUGCUCGGAUCGCACCUGUGCUAGAAAGUCCAUGAGGACUAGCGCGCAGUUGCCGAGGACAAACCUGGAUGCAUUAUCGCAAGCAUUUGCAUCACCAGCGUUUCUGAAGCUCCCGUAUGCGACUGAGGAGAU